UUGUUGAGGAUCAAUGGAACAACUGGAAUCGAAACACGGCCAGCUAUACGGGACUACGAAACCGGUUUUGGCACAGAAACCAUGCUUCGCACGAUUGCAGACACGGACGCUCUGUUUCGUACAGCUGGCGUAGAAUUGACGGUACAAGCUUGCAACAAAGCGUUAGGAGAAUCAACUUUGAAUCUCGACGAUUUCACUCACACUAUGGCUGUCACAUGCACCAACCAGGGUAAUCCAGGCUUCGACUUCCUGGUCAAUGAGAAGCUCAAUUCACCAUGUUCCGUGGACCGCACCCUCCUGCAUGGUAUCGGAUGCGCAGGUGGACUGGCCGACAUGCGCACUGCUGCUCAACUCGCAUGUGCGGUCCUCAUGAGAGGCAGACCUGCCAGAAUACUAUGUUUUGCAUGCGAGCUCACUACUCCAGGCAUUCGAUACGAGCUUGAUGCUGCUGCAAACUGUGCGGACCUUUCAAAGAUCAGUAUCGCAAGCACUCUCUUCUCUGAUGCUGCCGCUGCUUUCGUUCUUUGCAAUGACCUGAGCUUUGCGAGCAUUCCCGAGACGAUCAGCAAUCUCGAGUCGUAUAGAAGCAAACGGUAUGUCAGCUACCAGAUUGGCUGGUUUGGGAUGACGAUGCUGAUCUAUGACGUAGGCUAUCGCACUGUACUCAAUAAGACUGUUCCUACACAUACUGUAGCUGCUGUUGUCCCAAUGUUCCAGAGUCUGUUGCUGUCAAUCCGGCUGAUGACUGAUUGCGACGAUCUGGAUGUUGCAAACUUCAACUGGGCGCUACAUCCCGGCGGUCAGGCCAGUAUUGACGGAGUACAAAAAGCCAUGCGCCUCAGUGAUGAGCAAUUGCGGGUGACACGUGAGAUAUACAAGACUCGAGGCAAUUCGUCGAGUCCGACUGUGCUUGCGAUACUCGACAGACUGCGUUCCAGGAAUAAGGACAAAGUUCCUGUUGUCGCAACUGCUUUUGGACCAGGACUCUCUAUAGAGAUGGCUUUUCUUAGGGUCGUUCCUGCUUAA